AUGCCUGGCCCAAUCCGGACUGCAUUGAAGGUUGAUCUUGACAAGCCUGCGAAAGACCAACCGUAUCUCCAUAACAGAUGGCAUCCUGAUGUACCAUUUUGUGGAACCAUCAAGAACGGCGAGACCGUUAAGAUCGAGUGUUUGGACUGGACCGGCGGACAGAUCAAGAACACAGAUGAUGCUGAUGAUGUCGUGAACGUCGACCUGACUCAGGUCCACUACCUUUCCGGACCCUUUGAGAUCGAGACCGCCGAGCCUGGAGACGUUCUCCUUGUGGAAAUUCAAGACGUGCAGCCCUUCCAGGAUCACCCAUGGGGUUUCACCGGGGUGUUCCACAAGGACAAUGGUGGCGGCUUUUUGGAUGAGAUCUAUCCAGAAGCUGCCAAGGCCAUCUGGGACUUUGAAGGCAUCUUCUGUUCCUCACGGCAUAUUCCCGGCGUCCGCUUUGCGGGACUUAUCCAUCCAGGCAUCCUGGGCUGCGCACCAUCCCAUGAGAUCCUCGCCGAGUGGAAUAAGCGUGAAGCCGAGCUCAUCUCGACAACGUCCCUCAAGCGCGUCGUGGCACAACCUCCUGAACCAAGGAGCGUGCAUGCGGGAACGGCCGACGAAGAGACGAAAGCUCGAGUUGGCAAAGAGGGCGCCAGGACGAUCCCCGGGCGUCCUGAACAUGGCGGGAAUUGUGAUAUCAAGAAUCUUUCGCGGGGAAGUAAAGUGUAUUUACCCGUGCAUGUCAAGGGAGCCAAAUUCUCCGUGGGAGACUUGCACUUCUCCCAGGGCGACGGUGAAAUUUCGUUUUGCGGCGCCAUUGAGAUUGCCGGCAUCAUCACCAUCAAGUUCGAUGUGAUCAAAGACGGCCAGCGCAAACUCGGCAUGGUCGGCGGGAAAUCCCCCAUCUACAUUCCUGGCCCUGUCCAGCCACAGUUUGGGCCCGGCCGAAUGAUCUACUUUGAGGGUUUCAGUGUCGACGAACACGGCAAACAGCACUACAUGGAUGCGACGGUGGCGUAUCGCCAGUCCUGUCUGCGGGUUAUCGAGUACCUCCGGCGAUAUGGGCCACGUGCAGGGAUUGUGGACAUUCCCAACGCGUGCACGACGAUCGGGCUGCCCAUGGAUGUCUUCAACUUCGAUAUCUCGCCCGGUGCGGAACCCGUCAAGAUGGACCUGGGCAAGUGCGCCAUGGCCACCAAGUGA